UGCAUAAGGAUCCAUGGUGACCCGAGCGACAGGACACGACCACAACAUUUGCAGGUGCUCUUGAAACAAGACACACAUAUGACAAGGCAGUUUAUAACACACUUUUGCGUUGAGUGGAGCCACGAUUAACGAGCUUAAGUCGUAAUAAAAACAGCACAAUGAAGCAUCAGCAGGUUGUUGUGGACUAUUGGACCAUGUUCAAAACAUCGGGACUCUGCAUAUUGCUGGCCAUCUCCGGGUUUAUAUUCCUCAAAAUGGUGCAAACCAUUUUCUGGCUGCCCAAUCAUCUCAAACGCAAUCAGGAGCGUCUCGAAGCCAUUGCCAAGCAAUACGGCAAGGACAUGGAUGAGGACGAGCGAGCUGAAAUUGAAAAGAUCUUCAAUAGCGACGGACCUCUCACCGAGGAGAAACUCAAUAAGUUGCUGGAGAACACUAAAGAUGAACCCAAGAAGGAACAGUAGUUGCCUCUUUAGAAACUUAACUUG